AUAGCAGCCUUCAGCGGAGGCCAAAUAAUAGCCAGCAUUAGCUGUGGCCGAACUCGAGCGUGCGAGAAUUUGCUCGGAUCGAAGGAUAGGGCGAACUGGUUCUGAAAUUCGCCCGAAUUGAAUCCUGUCACACAGAGCGGCAUUCCCUCUCAUGCUCGAUGGCACUGCAGUGCGGCCGCUGGACGCAGAUCCUCGAAAGUAAUGCUGUACAGGCCGAACAUGGCAGAAGAUCCUGCAGAUUGCCUGUUCAAAUUGCCGCUGCUGCUCCGCGAGGAACGAUUCGUGCAAGUCGGGGUUUGACGCAAUCGCAGGAGGUCAAUUGCUCGCUCAAUUGCGUCUUCAAGACCGGCCUUUGGGGAAGAAAGCAUUUCGUCCAGGGACAUGUUAGGGCAAUUUCGGCCAGAGCACCUGGAGCAGGAGCGCGGGCUCUUUUCACUGGACUCGUGGAGGAGCUGGGCAAGGUCCAGGAGCUGAGGACAGUUGAGAAUGAUGGUGUGGAGAUGACGUUUGAAUGCAGUGUGGUCUUAGAGGGAACUAAGCUCGGUGACAGCAUUGCUGUGAAUGGGACCUGCUUGACUGUCAUUCGGCUCGAUGAGAACAGUUUCGCCGUUGGCUUGGCCCCUGAGACGCUGAGGAAGACUUCUCUCGGCGAAUUGGAAAUUGGCUCCUUUGUAAAUUUGGAGCGCUCCGUUUCUCCCAGCACUCGGAUGGGUGGUCACUUCGUUCAAGGUCAUGUGGACGGAACGGGCACCAUCGUCAGUUUUGAGCCAGAAGGCGAUUCCUUGUGGGUUAAGGUGAAGACCAGCCCUGAGAUUUUAAAAUACAUUGUACCUAAGGGUUACAUUGCUGUAGAUGGAACCAGCCUCACCGUUGUGGAUGUUCUUGACAACGAAGGCUGCUUCACGUUUAUGCUCAUUGCUUAUACCCAACAGAAGAUAGUGAUUCCUUUGAAGAAAGUAGGAAACAAGGUGAAUUUAGAAACAGACAUUAUGGGAAAAUACGUCGAUAGAUUUUUUCAGACUUACCGUGCGUCCGUAUUACAGGCUACUUGAUCAUCACAGCCUGUUGUAACUGUACCUGUUAUGUCUAAGUCACUAAAUCAUUCUUUUUCUGCCUCGUUAAUACAAGUUGCAGUUCCACCGC